AUGAAGAUUAGCAUGCUCAAGAAGACAUUGACUUUCAAACUCUUACAGGCUCUUACUCAAAUGUCUACACACAAGCAAGAGUCUUCAUCAUCUGAACAGGCUUUCAAGUCCCUGAAAUCACUUCUGAAGAAGCCACUGAUCAACAUCAACAUAGAGUGUGUAUCAACUGUAAUUAAUCAGAACACAUUGCUUUCAACUGCUGAUCAACCUAUGUGUCUUCAUAUUCAAGAGAAGGAUCAGUGCCUUCUCAUUCAAAGAAUGAAUCAGCGCCUGUCUACACUAAUCACAUUGCAUUAG